UUUUCUUCCGGUGAACACACGUCGCAGUAAUGGACGCUAUGAUGGAGACUGAAUAGGUUGUAGGUGGUCGGGACGGGCAGUUAACUUCAGUAUUCUUCCCCCUCUGGUUUCUCUGAACGAAGGGACACGUGUAACUUUUCAGCUACGUGUGGCUGAGUUAGUUUACACCCAGCUCUCUGUCUACGUGUCGUUCUCUGAUGCUCUGGGACACAUGGAGGCUCCGUCCUCUCGUCCCUCUGCCACCCCGGACGCUCCCGGGUGGCCGGCGGGCCGGAGACCCCUCUCCGGCGGGGAGUCCGAGUGUGACCCCGCCAGGGACACCAAGACACACUUCCGCGUCUGUCGCUUCAUUAUGGAGACAGGAGUGAAGCUGGGCAUGCGCUCGGUGCCUGUGGCCACAGCGUGUGUGUUGUACCAUCGUUUCUUCAAGCGUGUCAACAUGCGUGCAUAUGAACCCUACUUGGUGGCCAUGAGCUGUCUCUACCUGGCUGGCAAAGUGGAGGAGCAGCAUGUCAGAACCCGUGACAUCAUCAACGUGAGCCACAGGUAUUUCAACAGUGGCAGUGCGCCUUUAGAUUGUGACAAGGAGUUCUGGGACUUGAGGGACAGCGUGGUGCAGUGCGAGCUCCUCAUCCUCCGACAGCUAAACUUCCAAGUCUCAUUCGAACACCCUCACAAGUAUUUACUUCACUACCUGCUGUCUGUGAAGUCACUGGUUAACCGCCACGCUUGGUCUCGAACCCCCAUCACUGAGACUUCGUGGGCUCUGCUUCGAGACUGUUACCAUGGAGACAUGUGCAUCCGACACACACCUCAACACAUUGCCAUAGCAACGCUGUACCUGGCUUUAAACAGCUACGGAGUGGAGCUGCCUGUCGGGGAGAAGGAGUGGUGGCAGGUGCUGUGUGAGGACGCAACUAAAGCAGACAUCGAUGCAGUGAUCUCAGACCUUCUUCAACUCUAUGACAUGGAUGCCAAGUGUAUCUAAAGGACACACAAGCAAGACCUGCACAUGGCGUGCGUGUGUGUGCGUGUGCGCGUGUGUGUGCGUGUGCGUGUGCGUGUGUGUGUGUGUGACAAUAUUUAGUAUUGCCCAAGUUAUUCUAUGAGCUGGGACUAUAAAAAUGAACACGCAUGCACUACCGAUUAUUGCCACCUGGGAGAGACAUUUCUUGACAUGUCAGCAGUGCAGUGUAAUGUGCUGGAAUCGUCAUCAGCAGCAGGAAAAACUUUUGAAAAACCUCAGCAGUCUUUUCACGCGAUUCAUGUUUUGAAAACAAACACCACUGUAUGGAUGGGACUGGAUCCUCUUAAAUUCGUCACCCAAUUAAGAGUAAUUCACCAAUAAUUAUUGCUCAAAAUGAAAUCAGAACACGGCUUAUGACCUGUCAUGUUUCGAGGAUAUUGCGGGUCAUAUUUAAUGUGUUAUUACUGUCUGUAAGUUCCAUGAGGUAAUAAAGACCAACAAUGUGU